AUGGAGGCCAUUUCAGCACGAGGCAGAGAUUUUGCAGCUCAGAAUCCAACCUUUCUUUCAGUCUUGAGCGAUUCGUGGGACUCGCAAUCCAAUCCCAAUGGAAUCGUCAAUCUGGGCCUGGCGGAAAAUACCCUCAUGCACGGGGAGAUGCAGGAAUUUAUGAACUCCAAGGUCCAAAUCGACGCACAUGCAUUGACAUACGGCGACGGAUUCAGCGGCUCGCAUCGGCUCAAAGAAGCUUGCUGCCAGUUCCUAAAUCGUCAUUUUUCUCCCUGGACUGUGCUCAGUCCCUCCAAUCUAGUCGUUACAUCUGGUGUGAGCAAUGCACUCGAGUGCUGCGCUUGGGCGUUGGCCGACCGUGGGGACUAUAUUCUCGUCGGGCGGCCAUACUUCAAUGCGUUCAAGACGACCUUUGGAACACGGCCUGGGGUUGAAUUACUCGAGGUCGCAUUCGCAACGACGGAUCCAUUCAGCUUAGCCGCAGUCAAGGAAUAUGAGAGAGCGUACGUGGAGGCCAUAAGCCAGGGUCUCUGCGUUAAAGCGCUUCUGUUAUGCUCGCCACACAAUCCUCUGGGUCGCUGCUACCCUGAAGAAGUCCUUAAAGAGUAUAUGAAGUUCUGCGCGAGAAACGGACUCCAUUUAAUCUCUGAUGAAAUCUAUGCCCUGUCAACCUGGGAAAACCCUCGCCUUCCAGAAGCACCAGGUUUCAAAUCGAUAUUGUCCCUGAAUGUCAGGGGGUUGAUGGAUCCGAGUAUGUUGCACGUUGUUUGGGGGUUAAGUAAAGACUUCGGUGCCACAGGUCUACGAGUUGGUUGUUUAAUUAGUCCAUCCAACAGGCUGACACUGGACGCAGCAGAAGGCGUUUCUUUGUAUAAUUUCCCCUCCAGCGUCGCCGACCAAAUAGCCGCAUCUCUCUUACUUGAUCACGAAUUCACCGAACAAUAUAUCACAACCAGUCGGCGUCGGUUAUCAACAAGCUACGAUCUCGUAACCACCUUCCUCCGCACCCACGACAUUCCCUACAUCGAAUGCAAUGCUGCCUUCUUCGUCUGGAUAAACCUGGGAGCAAAGACGGAAGGCCGAGGCAUUACAGACACCGAAAUCACGGCCCAACUCCGACAGGAAAAGGUAUACAUCGCAGCCGGCAAGGCUUACGCUGCUGAAGAAGCAGGGUGGUUUCGUCUGGUAUUCGCGCACCCUCAACACGUGCUGCAGGAAGGUCUAGAAAGAAUGCUUCGGGCAAUCGACUCCAUGGCCAAUCCGUCAUUACUCUAA